AUGAGCGACGGAGAGACUCUGGCUGAUGUUCGGAUAGUUCUCAUCGGUGACGAAGGAUGCGGAAAAACUUCAUUGGUUAUGAGUCUUUUAGAAGAUGAAUGGGUUGACGCCGUACCUCGACGUCUAGACAGAGUACUGAUUCCGGCAGAUGUUACCCCCGAAAAUGUGACCACGAGUAUUGUCGAUUUAUCAAUCAAAGAAGAAGAAGAUAACUGGCUAAUAUCUGAAAUGCGCCAGGCAAAUGUAAUCUGCGUUGUAUAUUCCGUCACAGAUGAUACCACUGUGGAGCGCAUCCAGGAAAAAUGGCUUCCACUAAUUCGUCAAGCAUUUGGAGAGUAUCACGAGACACCGAUUAUUCUUGUCGGAAACAAAUCAGAUGGAACAGCAAACAACACAGAUAAACUGCCAUCCGGUCAAUCCCUAGUUUCGAGUUUGCAGAUUCUCCCGAUAAUGGAGGCGAAUACAGAAGUGGAGACAUGCGUUGAAUGUUCUGCUCGUACAAUGAAAAAUGUUUCGGAAAUCUUCUAUUAUGCUCAGAAAGCAGUAAUCUAUCCAACAAGACCACUUUAUGAUGCCGACACAAAGCAACUGACAGAUCGAGCCAAGAAAGCACUAAUUCGAGUUUUCAAGAUUUGUGACCGGGACAACGAUGGUUACCUAAGUGACACUGAACUCAACGACUUUCAAAAGCUUUGCUUCGGUAUUCCACUCACAUCGACUGCUCUAGAAGACGUCAAGCGUGCAGUUGCCGAUGGAUGUCCGGAUGGUGUCGCUUCUGAUGCUUUAAUGCUCGCAGGAUUCCUCUAUCUCCAUCUCUUAUUCAUUGAAAGAGGACGGCAUGAAACAACAUGGGCGGUUUUGCGUAAAUUUGGAUACGAGACUAGCCUGAAGCUGGCAGAAGAAUACCUUUAUCCCAGAAUCACUAUUCCUGUUGGAUGCUCCACAGAGUUAUCUCCAGAAGGUGUGCAAUUUGUGUCGGCACUUUUUGAGAAGUACGAUGAAGAUAAAGAUGGAUGCUUAUCCCCAAGUGAGCUUCAAAAUCUCUUCUCAGUAUGCUCAGCUCCCGUUAUUACCAAGGAUAACAUUCUGGCUCUCGAGACGAACCAGAGAGGAUGGCUGACAUACAAUGGAUAUAUGGCUUAUUGGAACAUGACUACUCUCAUAAAUUUAACACAGACAUUCGAACAACUCGCAUAUCUCGGUUUUCCGGUCGGUCGGAGUGGUCCAGGUCGUGCUGGAAAUACUCUUGAUUCGAUUCGAGUCACUCGAGAGCGAAAGAAGGAUUUGGAAAAUCAUGGUACAGAUAGAAAAGUCUUCCAAUGCCUGGUGGUUGGAGCCAAGGAUGCAGGAAAAACAGUUUUCAUGCAAUCGUUGGCAGGACGUGGAAUGUCUGAUGUUGCUCAAAUCGGAAGACGUCAUUCGCCAUUUGUCAUCAAUCGCGUCAAAGUGAAAGAAGAGAGCAAAUAUCUGCUUCUUCGUGAGGUUGAUGUUCUUUCCCCUCAGGAUGCUUUGGGUUCAGGAGAAACUUCAGCGGAUGUAGUUGCAUUCCUUUACGAUGUUUCCAAUCCCGAUUCCUUUGCUUUCUGUGCCACAGUCUAUCAAAAAUACUUCUACAGAACCAAAACGCCGUGUGUGAUGAUUGCUACGAAGGUGGAAAGAGAAGAAGUUGAUCAACGGUGGGAAAUACCUCCAGAAGAAUUCUGCAAGCAGUUUGAGCUUCCAAAACCAAUAAAGUUCUCUUCCAGCAACAUCGGCCAGUCAAAUUCACCAAUCUUCGAACAGCUUGCGAUGAUGGCAGUGUAUCCACAUCUUCGCCGUGUCUUCUACUUGAGUGAUUCUAACUUACUCUCGAAAAUUACAUUUGGAGCAGCAAUAGUAGCUCUCGCUGGUUUCCUAGUCUUAAAAAAUCUAUAG